AUGGACUCUACAACACCUGGCAUUCAGGAACCCUUCGAUCUUAUCCGGCUCUCACUCAGCGAACGUGUCUUUGUGAAACUACGUGGCGACAGAGAAUUGACAGGUGUCCUUCAUGCUUACGACGGUCAUAUGAACCUCAUUUUGAGUGACGUUGAGGAGACGAUUAUGAUUGUAGACCACCCAUAUGAGGCACCGGAGGGACAAAGUACAGUCAACGUUGCGAAGAGAAAGAUGGAGAUGCUGUUUGUACGAGGGGAUGGUGUCAUUUUGGUAAGUUCAUCGCAGACUCAUCCUCGUAUACAUUCAUAUCGGACGUAUUGCACCAGGUCUCACCUCCAUCCCGGACAUGAGAAAAUUACUGCUAAUAUAUCUUACGGCGCCGACUUCGCUGCUCUUCGCCAAUCACUCUCCUCCUCACGCCUUCCUGUUCCCUAG